CGCGGCCCUUGCCGGAGGCAUGCCAUUCGCGAGAUGCUUGGUCGGGUGGUGCUGCGCAGCUUCGCCGUCGCCGCCGUCGCGUCCGCGGCCCAGGUCAGUCUCUACCGCGGGCUGAACUACACGGGCGCGACGCUCACCAUUCCGAUCGCCUGGUCGGGCAACCUCCACAACGACUGGGCCGUCGGCUUUGCCUCCCUGCGCAUCCCGAGCGGCAUCGAGGUCGUUGGCUACGAGCAUGAUGGCUUCGCCGGCGCGAGCGCUAUUUGGUCAACCGACAUGCCCGACAUGGGCAACUGGACCGACGAGGUGUCUGCGCUGCUGAUCCAGCCUGCAGGCAUGGGGCGGCCGCAGUGGCCGCCGCCUCUGAUGCCGUUGCCGACCGUCGUGAAUGAAGAUGCAGCGGGUGCUAACGUCGUCAUCAUCGACAAUAGUGCCGACAACAUUGAGCUCAUCGUCGGCGUCUCGGUCGGGUGCACGGCGGCGGUGGCGUUCGUCGUCUUUUACGUCAUCCUCAAGCGCAACAAGCAGCGCGAGCGGACUUUCAAGGAGGCUUUCUUGACGAGUCCGAGCCACCAACCGUCGAAUCGCGCCAACACAGGCGCGUCGUCUCCGUCCGCGACUCUCGGGCUGCGAUGGGGUGAGCUCGACGUGCUGCGCAUCGACGCCGACGACGUGGUCACGACCUCGGUGAUCGCAUCCGGCGCGUACGGCCAAGUGGCGCUGGGCACGUACCGCAACCAAGUCGUCGCCGUCAAGACGCUUUUGCCCACAAAGAACACGCGGGCCGACAUUCAAAGCUUCAUUGACGAAAUCAACCUCAUGGGCAGCUUUCGAUGCAUGUACGUGGUCGAGCUUAUCGGCGUUGCGUGGACGCGACCGUCGAGCCUCCAGUGCGUGCUCGAGUACAUGAACAUGGGCGACUUGAAAGACCACUUGGCCGAGACGACGCCGGCCAACUACGCGUGGACGGCCAAGCUACGCGUCGCCCAGAGCAUCGCCGAGGGCCUCGCGUACCUCCACUCGAUGCAGAUCAUCCACCGCGACCUCAAGUCCCGCAAUGUGCUCCUCGACUCGGUCAAGGGAACCAAACUCACGGACUUUGGCAUCUCGCGCGAAGACACGCAGGAGACGAUGACGAUCGGCGUCGGCACGUACCGCUGGAUGGCGCCCGAGAUCCUCAAGGAAAACCUGUACACGGUCGCCGUCGACAUUUACUCGUUCGGCAUGAUCCUCUCCGAGCUCGAUACGCACCACAUCCCGUACGCCGACCUCACGAGCGCGAAGGGAAAACCGCUCGUCGACACGGCUAUCAUGGGCAUGGUUAUCCAAGGCACGAUCUCGCCGAGCUUCCGGCCCGACUGUCCUUUGUGGCUCAAAACACUGGCGCUGCGCUGCAUCGCGCCGAACCCGGACGAUCGACCGUCGGCGCUCGAGCUCGCACACAGCAUCAAACAACACACAACGGCGUCCUAGAUCUCGCCACGAUACAAUAGAGAAUUUAUGUCAAG